AUGAAUACCUUUAGCGGUUUUUCACCUAACGACAUAAGUAAAACCAAUGAAAGUAACACACUAAAUAAUUUUUUGGGAGCACAACAAUCACCCAUUAGUUCAAAUAAAAUAGAAAAUGAAAAAACUCUUAAUGUUAAUAACACUACCUUUAAUACCCCAUCCAAUAUAGUCAACUCUUUUAGUAACAAAACAAACAUUUUAAUAAGUGAAGAUAAAUCAAUCCAAAGCGGGUUUACAAAUGUAUUAAAUAAUAACAUGCCACCAGUGGCGAACAAAGCAGAAAAUUUGACAAAUGUGAACAACACGAAUAAUGGAAAUGGCAACUGUAACAACAACAGUGCUAGCAAUAAUAUCAUCAAUAACGAUGGAAGUAGAGACAACGAAGACUUGAGGAAAAAUGCAGAAAAAAAUGAUUUGCAAAUUGAUAGGCACAACGGAAAUAUUAGUUUUGAAAAUAAAUUCAAUUUUAACAGUUCCCUAAAAAUUAGGAAAUCCUUGACGGAGCAACUUUGUGAGGAAAUAUCUAUGAAGCUUGGGAAAAUAUUUUUGUGCAAAUCGUACCUAGAAACGUACGUUUUUGAAAGGAAUCCAUAUAUGAUGAACUUCAUUUACUUGAAAGAUGACAUGAGUGAAUCGAAAAACCGAGUUUUAAAUUCUUUGCUUUUAAGCUCGUUCUGUAAUUUAAUAUGGAAUAAUAAUAUAUACAAACAUGAAUAUUUAAUUUCGAAAGAAAUAUUAAGUAAAUAUGCCAAAGCAAUAGAAAAAAACCCAGAUAAAAAUAAUUUUUGUAUUGUACCUAUAUACAAUUUAGAGAAAGUAAAAAUGGCCUUAAGUGAUCAGGAGAAAAAUAUAAAAAUUCUGAAAAAAAGAAAGUUACUUAUUAAAAAGAAUAAUGAAAAUCUUUUAUUCAUUUUAUAUAUUAUAAAAAAUAAUUUUUUAGAAAUAAAAACAAAAGCUCAGCGCAUUAUUCAAAGAUUAUUAUUCAGACUAGAUAUACUAGAUAAACUUUUUAUGCUAAAAAAUAAUUCUGUUUUUUUUUCAAAUAAAUAUGAAUUUAAUAAAUUUAAAUUGAUGGAAAUCUUGGAUUUCUUUAACUCUUUCAACAUAGACAGUCAGCUUCAAAAAAUUAAUAAAAAUAUAAAAAACCUUGUACAAGAAAAGAAAAACCUUCAGAAGUUUCUUCACUCAGAUAACGAAUUUACAAGCUCUUUAAGGAAUACUGUUGAAAAAAACGAACAGGACAUAAUCGAACUGAAAGGAACAACUUCAGAGAUAUGCAUAAAUUUGGAAGAAAAUAAAGAAUAUAUAUACCACUUGAAUGCAUUUGAAAGGGAAGAAAAUUAUGAAAUGUUAUAA